UAGUCUGCAUGUCUUCAGUUUGGAUGACAAUUAUUUUUUUUCUCACUUUUAUGUCAACUUCAUAAAUUAGGAUUUAUACUAUUUGAGAUAAUUGGAGAGUUAAAUAAACAAAAAUGUCGUCGGCCGAAAGGACAGUGGUAGAACACCUUUAUAAAGUGCUUGUUAUCGGGGAAUUCGGAGUUGGAAAGACAUCACUCAUCAGGAGAUAUACAGAAGGUUACUUCUCACCAAACUACAAAUUGACAAUAGGUGUUGACUUUGCUUUGAAGUCAUUAGACUGGGAUGAGAAUACAAGAGUUAAUUUACAAUUGUGGGACAUUGCUGGUCAUGAGAGGUUUGGUCACAUGACAAGAGUCUACUAUAAAUAUGCCAUUGCUGCUGUAAUAGUAUUUGACCUGUCAAGACCGGCCACAUUUGACUCGGUAUUAAAGUGGUCAACAGAUGUUCAUGAAAAAGUGAUGUUAGCUAAUGAGCAACCAGUGCCUCUCUUACUACUAGCAAAUAAGUGUGACUUGCCAGAUACAGUGUUAGAUGCAGACAUGCUGGAUCAUUUCUGCAAAGAAAACAAGUUCAUCGGCUGGUUCGGAACAUCUGCUAAGGAUGACACCAAUGUCACUGAUGCCAUGUCAUACCUGGUGGAGACCAUCCUCCAGCUGACCUCCGAGGGCCAGAAGCCUCAGGAACAUAUCUCAGUACAUCAGGACCAGGACUACCUGACAGCUAUGAAGGAGAAGAGGCAACAAGAUGCACUCCAGAGCCAGCAGAAACAAAGGAAGAAAGCAGAGGCCAAGUGCUGUCCCAUAUAGUAGGACCAGGUCUAUAAUGUAUUAACAGGACUAUAAUUCCGCCCAGGACCGUAAUGCGGGAGUAUAACUUGAUCUUAAGAACUUGGUCUGUAGAACAAGUAGAUAA